AUGGUUGCCAGGAUCGCGAGCUUACUUGGUUUUUCCAGUGUCGCCUGGCUAAGCCUGGCGAAUGGGAUCGUUGCCCACGGCACCAUUUCUCGCGAUGUAAUCAUACUUGGUGGCGGCAGUUCGGGCACGUAUGCCGCGAUUCGACUCAAGGAUCAAGGCAAGACCGUCGCUGUCGUUGAACGCAACGAUUAUCUGGGCGGUCACGGCGAAACCUACUACACUGAAGAUAAUAUACCUCUCAACUACGGUGUGGAAGGGUUCUUCAACACGACCGUGACUCGGCAAUACCUCGAACGGCUUCAGGUACCCUAUGGGCGCCGCAACCCUGCUCCCGCGCACGAGGACUACGUGAACCUCAACACAGGGCAAAGAACAGAAUACCCUCCAGGCCAGCUCCAGGACAGGGAGGCCUUUGCGAAAUGGGUCGAUGCCAUUUCUCAGUUUGGGUUCUUGGAUGAGGGAGUCUACCGCAUCCCAGAGCCGGUGCCAGAGGACCUAAUCAUGCCUUUCGCGGACUUCGUAAAGAAGUACCAUCUGGAAGAUGCCGUGUAUGCUCUCUUCUCUCAUACUUCUGGCGAUGUCCUUGAAAUGAUCACCCUCUAUGUCAUCCAAUACAUCGGGGUCCCCCACGCCGCGGCCUUGAAUGAGGGCUACGUCCGUCCUAUUGAGGGUAUCGCCGCUCUGUACAAGAGCGCUGGCAAGGAACUCGGUAGUGACGUUCUCUUGGAAACGACUCCCGAGUCUGUCCAACGCUCCAAGAAUUGUGUAGAAGUUAUCGUACGCAGUGCUGAUGGGGCCAAGACGCUCCUCAAGGGCAAGCAGCUCCUAGUCACCAUCCCGCCCCUGCUGGACAACCUCCACGGCUUUCCGCUCAGUGAUCAGGAAGCUUACAUUUUCUCGAAGUGGCAGUAUCACCAGUACUGGGCUGCUCUUGUCAAUGAUACCGGUCUCCCCGACGAUGUGAACAUUGUAACUGUUGAUACUGAACGCCCCUACGGUGUUCCCGAGGAACCAUUUAUCUGGCGUCUCGACAAUCAUUGGGCCCCGAGCUACCAUAACAUUAAGUUAGUCGGUGGAUCCAACUUUGGCAAGGACGAGGCGAAGGCGUACAUGUAUAAGAAGCUCGAGCUUCUCCAUGAGGAGGGAACAUACUCUACGCACCAGCCUCAGAUUGUCAAGUUCGCGAAGCACACCCCGGUAACCAUGUUUGUUUCAGCCGAGGAAAUCCGUGGAGGGUUUUACCGCCAGCUGUAUGAGCUCCAGGGGCUGAACAGCACGUUCUGGACAGGCGCCACUUGGGCGUCGGAUUACUCCACCUUACUAUGGGGGUAUACGGAUGAGGUUCUUGAACAGAUGGCUUCUUCCUAA